UUUGACCAUUUUAUUUACAUUUCUGAUCCUGAACACAUCGAUUUUAUUCAGACUGGAGUUUUAUAUCAGAAAAAAUUAAAGAAGUUUUUAGCCAAAUCUUUUCAGAGUACAGAAAAUUUCAACUUGGUUUUAGCGAUAGUUUCCCCACAGCAUCGACAUGACGCAGUACUAUGUCUUUGACGUAAUCCUUGUGAACUCCAGUUUGCCAAUUCCCCGCAAGUCCGCCAGUUUCAGUGCGGGUGGGAGGCCCGUCUACUCGGUUCGAUUGUUCGAGGACUUUGAGGAGCUGUCCAUGGAACGCAUUUUCGUGGAUCAGUUUCCCUCAGAGGCAUUGGGUGGCUUUACCAGCAGUCCCUGUGAGCUGAUAGGAGUAUUGACCUCCAAGGGCGUAGGCGUGACUCUCAAGGAGAACGACGAGCUCAUAGGAUCGGGCAACGCCAUGCUGGAAUCUUCAAUCCUGCGCCAGCUGACGGACCCCACCUUUUCGGUUACCCAGAAUGUUACAGUUAAACUGACCAAAGGGCCAAAGAACGACCGAGUGGGUGAGGUGGAGCUACUCCUGAAGAUCAGCUCCGCUUCACCGGAUAUAAAUCACGGCUUGAUUCCAUUUGGCUGCUAUGACGUGUGCAAGCCUGUGGAUCAUUCGAUCAACAAAAAGGACAUUAUCUUCACCCUGGGACGUUCCGGAAAGUGCGCAACGAACAGCUGCAUCACGGAUGAGCGCCUGAUGUCGCACGCUGGAGCACCCUUCCAAUGUCCACACGCCGCAAGUCAGAAUCAGGAGGAUCAGGAUAACAAAGGAGGUGCCUCCGCCAAGUGUGGGUGUUUCCUGAGAGGAAUGCAAUUACCCCCGGAUGUUGGCACGGAGAAAAAGAGGGAAAAGGCCGCUCUGAAGAAGCUCGUCGAUGAACUGGGCCUAGACCAGAUAAAAGUACCCAGUCCUCCAGACACACACGAGAAGUCCCGUCGUUGGCAUUGCAAGUGCAAGCAGCCGAGUUCCAGCACGGAUACUUCCUCCUGUGACAUCAAUGAGUUCACAGCGGAAAAGCCUCAUAGAAAGAGAAAGGCCAUAUCCUUGACUGCCUCCAUGGAGCGAGCUGCUCGUCGAAGACUCAUAGGCACCUGUCCUGUAAAAGAGCCUGUUCUAACACAGGAGGCCUACAAGCCGCCGAAUCUCUGCCAGCUCUGCCGUUCGGACAUCAGUUGGCUGCCCAAGAUCUCCGCCUGUCCCUACUGCGGCUACAAAACCUUCGAGGACAUACAGCCCAGCGAGCAGCCCUACGAUCUUACGCUAACUGCCCAGCAAUUGCUAAGGGACUGCCUGCGCAAGGAGACCUGUGAACUGGACCUGUCCAAAGGUGAUGAUGAAGCCAUGGGCGAUCAUAUGAAGACCCACGACAAGGAUGAUCCUAAUGUUCCGCAGCAAUGCGGCUGCUUGGGCGGGAAGCCCUGCACUCGAUGCCGCAUCCGGAAGCUCUGCGAAAACUUUUUUAAGGAAAAUGAGUGCAAGAUUGAGCCACUCCCACAGGCUUAUCCGCAGGCUCCAACCAAAUCACAACCGGAAAGCAAGAAGGUAAAGCAAACCAACUCGGACGAAUCUCUGCGUCGUACCCAACUGAUCUCCAUCUUCACGGAGAUGCGGAACAUGUACGGCAAGAAGAAGGGAGUCAACGAGGCGGAUGCGGUGGCCGAGGAACUCAGGAAGGAGUGCGAUGCAGCCUGCCGGAACACCAAGUCGGCCAAGGCCCGCAGGAAGGCCAGGAAGGCGCUGCAGAAGACACUGGACGAGAUUGACAAGGCCUAUCCCAAGCCAGGCAAAAUGCGGAUAAAGAAGCGGCGCACCCACCACAAAAAGUCCCGAUGCUACACCUUCUUAAAGCUGAAUAAUGUAUCCAAAGACUCCCGUAUCGGCCAUCUGGACUGCAUCUCGGGCAGCAAGCAUACGGGCUACUGCAGGAUUCCCUGUCACAUGGGUUGGAUGUGGACCAAAAGCGAGAUGGCGCGCCACAAGUCGUGGCGCCCAGGAGCCAUUUCUCGACCCAUCCGACAACUAAUGUCCUACUUUCUGAAGGACUUUCCUGCGGAUAAUAUUUGCCUUUCGCGUUACCACUACCGACACAGAAAGUGCCGCAGGGUCCAGGAGCUGGAGGAGCCACUAGUGCAGCAUCCUACGCUGCACAUAAGUAGGAAGGGAGAUGAGUACAUCAUCACCUUGCGUCCAUUAAAGGAUCCCAAGGCCCUGGCCUCCAGCGCCAACCCUUAUGCGGAUAUGAAGCCCGUUGUCUUUCGCAUUACUAAGGACCCCAUGGCAGCAGGACUCCGCCAGAUGAGAGUUAAUCUUCAGGACAAGGGAUUUGCCCCGUGCACUUGUCGUCGGCCGGUGGCCAGUUGCUUUUGCCGGAGUCACGUUGAGAAGAAGCGAAUCCAGUACGAGGUGGAGAACGAGUGUCGCCAGCGUGGUUGGCCAAACAACUCGGAUACCUUCGUAUACUCCCCAAACAGCGACGAUGAUGACAGCGAUCGGGAGUACGAGUUUGGGGUUACUCCUCCGGCGGGAGUCAUAAAACCCGAACGGGUGCGACAGCCGGACAGAGCGCACGUGGAGACCCAGUACGUGGAUCACGACUGGGCCGCUCCCACCAUGUACCCGCAUCCGGCCAACAUGCUUGUCCAAUACGGCGGAUGCGUGAUGGGCGAGCGAAAGAAGAUGUUCCCAUGGAUCUUCGGAAAGGGCGACGUUCACGCGGAUCCACCGAAGCCGCGCCUGAAGAAUCCGCCCAAGAAGAAACCACGCAAGCAGCUUCCCUUCCGCAAUGUCGGUGGCUACGAUGAUCCCCGGAGGUUCGAUCCAACCCCACUAAACAGACCUUGGCACAAGUCUAACUCCCAUGGUGGCGGAGUCCCAAUGUAUUGAUGUUAGUAAUAACAAGUAUAGCCAUAGACUUUUACAUCUCAAAUAAAUGACGGUUUCGGCAUUCCAAGAAUUCCACGUAA